AUGGCCAAUGCCAACGAUUCGUUUUACGUCGAUGAGCUUCAAACUGCGCUCAAAGAGCAAGACAACGCCUUAAAAUCGUUUUCUAUCCUCAAUUUCACCGAUUCGCAGGCAGAAGCAUCAGUAACUCUUCUCGAAGAACGAGUUAUUAAGAUUAAUUUGACGGAACGUGGAUACGCAGAGGUCGAGUCAGAUGCCAGAUCGCAAAGGUUCGCCACUCUAGAUGCGCUUUUAGGUUUCAUCAGUCCCCUUUAUGAGAAGGAGCAACAAAGAAAGUUGUUGACCGCUCUGGAGAAGCUGGCAGAGGAACGGAAAAGUUCGGAAGAGGUGUUCUAUUUGCCUACUAUCUUAGGUCGAUAUUGA